AUGCGUCUUCCAGCCUCCAGCUACCUGUCUCUCGCACUUCUCACCAUCACGACCUCGGCCGGCGUGGUCAAAGAGGGCUCAACCUGCAUCGUCACACCCGCCCAAGCCGCUACCGUAAAGAAGAGCAUCGAUCUCACACCUCCUCCAUCGAAGCGAGACAUCGACCCAUCAUCAGUAUGGGAAGACGACGACCCCUACGCCCAUCCCGCCCCCGGCUCUCCCGGUGCCCUCAAUCACUUCCCACGUCCGGCACCCUCAAAGGGCAGCAGCGUACACCCAAACAUUCGCUGUACAGCAGCACAAGCGAAGUGGAAGUGA